AUGGCUUUUACUUACAAGCCUUUCCCCUCCGUACAUUCAUCAACGUCCAUCAACCGCUUCGGAAAGGCGAAUCCGACGCAUCCUUGGGACAAGGUCGCCGGGUACCUGGAAGAGAUUGCCGAGCCAUUCAAUCAUCUUAUCACCCUCAACACCCACGUUGAGCGAGUUGAGAAAAUCGGGAAGAAGUGGAGGCUGACGCUUAGGAAAACGCAGUACUAUCUCAAGGGCCAGAAGAGGGACUACUGGUGGCAGGAUGAGUUUGAUGCUGUAAUCGUUGCGACUGGACACUACGGUGUGCCGUACGUCCCGAACAUUGCAGGUCUUAAGGAGACAUUUGCUGCGUUACCUGAGAGAUUUGAGCACUCGAAGGCGUACCGCUCUCCGGAAGACUACUUCGACAGGAAAGUCGUGGUUGUUGGCGGCAACGUCUCAGCCUCAGACACCAUUUCGGAAAUUCAUAACAUCGUCUCAGGUCCUCUCUACGUUGCUCAGCGCGGGUACAACGAGAUUCUCAAGGACGCUUGGGAGCUGCCCAACGUCGUUCUCAAACCAGAAAUCACGAAAUUGUCCGUCGGGGCAGAUAAACUCGUCAAGGUCACCUUCAAAGACGGCACGGAAGUAGACGGCAUCGAAAAGGUCCACUUCGGCACGGGGUACCGCCUCUCAUACCCCUUCCUCAUCCCGGACCCCGUCACUCCCAGCGGCCGGCUGUCGGGUUUCUACCAGCACGUGUUCAACAUCGCCGACCCCUCACUUACGGUGGUCGGACAGGUCAAGGCCGCCAUCUCGUUCCGGGUGUACGAGUACCAGGCCGUCGCCGUGGCGCGGUACUUCGCCAACCGCGGCGGGGGCCUGCCGUCACCCCGGGAGCAGGACGAGUGGGAGGUGAAGCGGCUGCAGUACAAGGGGCCUACAUCGCAAUUUCACGAGAUCAAGCCUGACUUCAAAGAGUAUUUCGACUUUUUGAAGGACGUGGCUGGGCCGCCUGCGGAGGGGACCGAUGGGUAUGAGUUGCCUGCGUGGGAGGAUGAGUGGGGGCUGUUGGGAUUCGGGGUGUUGGCCUUGAAGCAGAAGUGGUGGAGGCAGUUGAAGGAGAGAGAUGAGCAGAAGAAGCAAAUUAAGGCAAAGCUCUAG